CCUGUAAAGUGAAAGUGAAAGUUUCCCUUCAACUGUGAACAACUCGCUGUGCUCGAGCACUAUAAGGAGACAUUUCUACUAAUGAAGAGUCAUGAGUCUGAUCUUGAAGAUACUUAGUUACCUGUUUCUAUCUGCAGGUGUGCAGUGUGUCCAUCAGGUAUCAUGGCUGCCCUGUAAGUUCUCUGAUGAACAUGUGUUUGUGAAUAAUGACAAUCACACUGAGACUCAGCUCAUCCAUCGACAGGCUAUGCUGCAGUUUGGUAAAACAGGAGACGCUCCUGUUAAUCCACAUGGUAUCACUUUCCUGAUCACUGGAUCUAAGGUGGACCUGCGGCGGUACAUAGAGGGAGCAGAAGCAGAGCAGUUGGAGUGUGAGCUGCAUAGGUACAGCACAGAGGGCAUCCAUGUCCGCUGGCCUGUCAUGGGGGCGCGGGACUAUAACCACUGGUUCAGCUGCACCCUCAGACACACCAAAGGCCUGUUCACAGUCACCAGCUUCCUCAGACACCCCUCUGACCAGCCCCCUCCAGGUCAGCAGGACUACCACAAAUGGCCUCCCAUCGGGGACAAAGAGAUACUCACCACAACAGUCGCCAUGGUCAUUAAAACACAGACUCCAUCAGUGAGAGCAGGCCUGGGCUCACAACAGAAGCUCCACUGCCAGUUUGCUGUUGACCACAAAGGACCAGACAUCACUGUGGAGUGGGACUGGCAACAUCGUGGAGAGAAAAGUCGACUCUUCAGUCAUACCAGCCGCACAGGACAGAGCCAGGGGACUGGAGUUGGGCUGAGGGGCCUGGCAGGCGGGGAUGCUUCCUAUACCCUCCCAUUCACCAAGAUGAGCAGUGAAGGGACGUACAGCUGUUCAGUGUCAGUGAAUCCAGUGUUGGUCAGCGUGGAUAUAAAUCUGCAGAUCCAAGAGCGUCCCCGUGUCUCCCUCAGCACUGGAUCCACUCUGUCACUGCUGGAGGGCGAGGACCAGAGGGUUUUCUGUGAUGCGGAAGGUUACUACCCUCUGGAUGUGAAGAUAGAUUGGUACGUGCAGGACCCACCAGUGUCGGACCAGAGGGUGGGAGCCCCUCUUCCCAAGCUGCUGGAGAACGUUCUUCAGUCCAGCCACAAAGAGAAAUGGGACAAGACCUACUCGCUGACGGCUUUCUUCUACCUCCGGGCUUCACUCAGGGACUCAGGGAAACAGUUCACAUGCAGCGUCUCCCACCAGUCCCUGAGAGUUCCCAUCAAAAAGAGCUUCAUCCUGACUGUAGAGGAUCCAACCAGACGGAUUCUUAUGCUCUCUAUUGGCGUCUCUGUGGUCAUAUUGAUGGUCUUCCUGUAUUUGUUUCGUACACAAGCUACACGGAGCUGCCAUGAAAGACUCAGCAGACAAACUCAAAACAGCAGUAAGGCAGCCUGUCCUCCUCACUCCUCCCUUGUACAUUUUCUGUUUUAGGAUGUCUCAGAUGUUUGAUUUGUGUUUGUUUUAAUUUAAGAGGAAUUUUGGUUUAAAUGAAACUGAAUGUUUUUUUUUUCGUAUUUAUUGUUACACUGAUUUUGCUCAUGCUAAAAUCUUGAUGUUAAGGUAAAUGAUUGAUCUUCUGUGUGAACACUGUUAAACUGAUGAAAAUGAAGCUGUCCCAGUUUAAAAUCACAUCUUAAAGUACUCUUAACUAGAGCCCGACAGAUAUUAGAUUCUUCAGACCGAUGCCGAUACUGAUAUGGUGGCUGAUAUUGUAAUUUUUUGAGCUGGAAUGAAAAUAGACCUUUUUAAGUAGAUUGUGCACUGACCAGUGUUAAAAUAA